CCGCGCCGCCGCCCGCGCCCGCCGCCCUCCCUCGGCGCAGCCCCGCCGCGCCCCGCUCCCGAGACCCGCCGGGGACGCUCGGUCGCCGCGGACAGGCUGUCCCCCUGCGGCCCCGCAGCCAUGGCCACCAAGAUCGACAAAGAGGCCUGCCGGACGGCGUACAACCUGGUGCGCGACGACGGCUCGGACGUCAUCUGGGUGACUUUUAAAUACGACGGCUCCACCAUCGUCCCCGGGGAGCAGGGGGCCGAGUAUCAGGACUUCAUCCAGCAGUGCACAGACGACAUCCGGCUCUUCGCCUUCGUGCGCUUCACCACGGGGGAUGCCAUGAGCAAGCGGUCCAAGUUCGCGCUCAUCACCUGGAUCGGCGAGGGCGUCAGCGGGCUGCAGCGCGCCAAGACGGGCACCGACAAGAGCCUGGUCAAGGAGGUGGUGCAGAACUUCGCCAAGGAGUUCGUGAUCAGCGAUCGGAAGGAGCUGGAGGAAGCGGCCAUCCGAGAUGAGCUCAAGAAGGCGGGCGGCGCCAACUACGACGCGCAGACGGAGUAGCCCAGCCCCGGCCACCGCGCCGGCCCCACGAGCCCCCAGCGCCGAGCUGCUCCUUCCUCCUCCCGCUUCCCGUUUCUGUCCUCAAGGAAAGCCUCUUAACUCGGGGCUGCUCAGCUCAGAGCCGCCCGGGGGCCCCUUCCCAGCCUGGCCCGAGACGCCCGCAGCCUCCCCGACCCCGAGCCUGGGGGCCAGCACGGCCCACUGGCCAGCCACGCUGCUGCCCCCACGGCAGCCUCGAGCACACCUGCCCCUGCAUCAGGCUGGACCCCGGGAAGACCCCCGGGCCCCUCCCUGCUCACCGCCUGAGCCCGGGCCCGGCCCGGCGGGGCUCAGUGCAUGGCUCAGGCCUGACUCGGAAAUUUGCCUUAAACUUGCUGGGCAGCACAGGGGCCCCCCCGGGUGACGGCCCUGCCCUCCAGCCGGGAGCGAGGCUGCCCAGACGUGAGGCUGUCGUGGGACCCCCAGCCGCCCGCCCCGCCCCUCAGGAUCGCUUUCCUUCCCGGGUGGGAGACGAAACGGGCA